UGCCGCCUCUUCUCUGCACCCUCCGAAAUUAUUCCUAUCCGGCCAGCAGCAACUUGACUCCCUCGACCAGCGAAAUUUACCGCCACCACGCGAACAACCUUCAGCGAGAUUAAAGCGCAUACGAUGGCGACGGCGAUACAGGCUCUCAAGGGCGAUGCGCCGCAGCAGGUGCGGUCUCUGUACCGCCAGCUCCUGAAGACGGGCGACCAGUUCGCGGCCUACAACUUCCGCGAGUAUGCUAAGCGCCGGACGAGGGACGCCUUCCGCGAGAACAAGGACGUCGAGGACCCGCGGCGGGUGCAGGAGCUGAUUCAGAAGGGGUUGAACGACCUCCAGAGCCUGAAGAGGCAAACGGUCGUCAGCCAGUUCUUCCAAUUCGACCGACUAGUGGUCGAGGGCGGUGCCGCGGGCAAGCAGAAGGGCGACAAGGGUGACAUCGUCAGGCAAAAGGACCAAGGCUGGGACUAAAGGCAAAUGAAAAACAAAAUCCGUCAGAAAUGCCGUCUUAAUAUCACGCCGAGUCAAACCGAUGAUCGGGCGUUUGUGUACUAUAUAUCAUGUGAGAGGAGGGCCAAAAGUGUACAUCACCAGCAUGCUGUGCGGAACCAAGAAGAAGGGGCGGGCGGGCGGGCGAAACGUCGAAUUCCUGACGAUAUCACAACGGGAGGGGGCGGAGGGGAUUCCCGAAUGCAAAAAGCCUCCACUCCGGAAUUGUCCUUUAUUUUGUUUCUCGACCAGGGCUUUUUGGAGCAUAUAGACAUGGCAAUGGAGUUUCUACGAGUGCUGGGCCUUGAUUAUGAACUUGAGACUCCCGAGUGUUGCGGUUCCGUGAUGAUGGUGCUUGUAUGUAGACACUCGAGAUGGGUAUGAGUGUUUCAGAACGUAUGGGAUGGCUUUUGGACAAUAUACAAAAUCCAUGCCAGGCGAUAGAGGAU